UUCUCAACCGGAAAUGACAACCUGUUGUGAAUACGUCACUUCCGCAAGAAUUACAAUCACGCUGUGUUGAAUGAGGUCCUGUCGUCACAUAUCAGUUCACCUACGCUGUGCAGUUUAGUCCUGUAGUGUUCAGUUGUGGUGCUCUUAAAAUCAGGGUUUAAAAACAGUGUUAGCAUGGCCGAUAAGAUGGAUAUGUCUUUGGACGACAUCAUAAAACAAAACAAGCAACAGCGAGGGGGUGGAGGAGGUCGUGGUGGUAGGGGAGGCCGUGGUCGUGGAGGUUCGGGAGGAGGACGAGGUGGCAGCGUCGGUCGAUUUGGAGGCGGCGGAGGAGCCUUUGGGGGUCGUGGCGGCGGAUCAGGCCCAAUGCGGAAUCGACAGAACCUGAGUCGCGGUAGAAGCAGACCCACGCCGUACAGCAGGCCCAAGCAGCUCCCGGACAAAUGGCAGCAUGACCUAUUCGACAGUGGCUUUGGGGGCGGCGGAGGCGUUGGCGUUGGCGGUGGCGGCGGCGGCGGCGGCGGGGCAGGUGUAGAGACUGGUGGCAAGCUCCUUGUCUCGAACCUCGACUUUGGGGUCUCUGAUGCAGACAUUCAGGAGCUUUUUGCAGAGUUUGGCACGCUGAAGAAAGCGGCGGUCCACUAUGAUCGAUCGGGCCGCAGCCUGGGAACAGCAGAUGUUCAUUUUGAGAGGAAAGCAGAUGCACUGAAAGCCAUGAAGCAGUACAAUGGAGUUCCUCUUGACGGCCGCUCAAUGAACAUUCAGCUCGUCACAUCACAGAUUGAUACGCAAAGGCGACCCACCAUGCAAGGGUUGAAUCGAGGAGGUGGGGGAAUGAACAGAAGCAGAGUUGGUGGUUUUGGAGGGAUGACGAGGCGCGGAGGUCGUGGGGCUGGCAGAGGCAGGGGUCGAGGUGGAAGGAGUACCAACAAACAGCAGCUGUCUGCUGAAGAACUUGAUGCACAGUUGGACGCCUACAAUGCCAGAAUGGACACCAGCUAAAACCUUUUGAAGUCUGCUGAUCUCCAUUUUUUCCAUUACCCCACUCCUUUCCCCCCUGCCCACUCCUCCCCCCCCCCCCCCCCCCCCCGUGUUGGUUGUGGGCAGAUACACAAUUGCUUUUGCGAUGGACAUGGGAUACUUUACAUUUAUCUGUCUUUAGAUUUGUUUUUAAGUUUGUGUAAGGGUCUUAUUUUUUCUCCUUUUUAAAAGCUCGAUUUUUGUACUUUGUUUUUGAAACUGUAGGAUUUUUAAGGGGAGGUGCUUGUAGUUGCUUUGAUACCGUUUUCUCUCCCAUUUACCAACCAUUGUAAUAAACCUGCAAGAUGUACAAAUA